CAACAACAACAAGGCAGGCUGCCUCUGCGGCGCGCAUGCGCGGACGCCCCGACCGAGACUCGGCCGCUUUUUCGCCUCGCCGAAGCUUCGCCCUCCUCGCCUUCUGAAGCCGCGACGCGCGUUUGAUCGCCGACGCCGCCGAUGUGUUCGUCAGCUGUGCGGGAGCAAUUCGGGGGUGUCGCCGUGUUGUUUUAGGUGCGCGCGGUUCCCAGAGAGGCGAGACAAACGCUUUGGCACAUUGUGAGAAAUAUCCGCAUUGUAACCGUGCAUCUGUCAACAGCGCCAAGGCACGAGAGCCACUUCUGCAUCAAAACGUGCAUUCGAGGACGUCAAAACGUUACGUGACAAAAUCACAUCGAAAUUCUGUGCAAAUAGUACUUCCAUUUAUUUCCUCACAAGGCUAUGCAAUUGACGUGGCAACUGUUACACUAGCAAGUGUGGAGCAUUUCGACAAAACAAUUUAGCACAACCGUCCAAAAAUACUGACGCGACUGCAAUCCGCGUGGAUUAGAAUAUGUAACAAAUGGACAUUUUUAAAAGGGAAAAUGUUUUGUUUUUUCUUUCUAGAAGCCACAUUGUAUUAUUUUAAGACAUACUUCUGAUUAUACAUUGCACAAUAUAUUUACACUUUGAAAAGCACUAUCAAAAAUGAUAAUGAUCAUCUUACUCUUCAAUUGGUCAACAUUUCAAUGUUACUAAAACUCAUUUGUUGUUUUAUUUAAAUAGGAAGCCUGCUACUUCCUUUUUUUGGGUCAGGGAAAUUAUGGUUUACAUUUGUAACAAUUUUCCUCAAAUGAAGCACUUUUUUUUAACCAUUACAGUUGUAAAAAAAAAAAAAAAAAGUCCAUAUCUAACAAAUUUACACUGAAACAAAAGCACGUGUGCCUGACAUCAUACGACUUUUAUGCCACGUAAGCGAAAUGAAUUUGAAAAUAAUUAAUUAAUUUAUUUAUUUAUUUACUUUAGGGAUGAAAAUAACAGUAAGUGUCUUGUUUUGUAAGAUAAGCUUUGCGGUGUUCGCAAGUGUAGGAAACGAGGGCCAAACAAAGAGCGCCGCCAUCUGUGCGACGUCGGCGAGAGUUAACGGCGAGAGUUUGCUUCCAAGUGGAAGAAGAAGAAAAAGUGCGGCGGGCGGAAUGAAGGCGGCGCCGACACCUCGGCUGACGAGCUCCGAGGUGUCGGCUUGAAAUGCGACGCCCGCAGCAAUUGGCGGUCAAAAGUGUCACCGACGUCUUCAUAACGUUCCCGUUUGGUGACUUAAGGCAGCGAUUCCCAACAACUGUGCCCCAAUUUCACUUAAACGGCCAGAAAAUUGUGAUUGAUUGACGGUUGGGCAAACGCAUCUAUUUUGGGGGGGAACUCAUCCGCUGUCAUGACGACAACAUUUGUAUCCAGCACUUUGGUAGUUUGUAUUCAUGUGAAAAAUAACUGACAUUUAUGCGAGCAGGCUAACGAAUUAAUGUAUCUUUGUUGAUGUAGCUACGCUAGCGACAAUGAAAUACUCUUCCGCUCGGUGGCAGAAGGUGCAUCAUUAUUUUUCUCUGGCGAUGCGCUGCGAGAUCUUUCAAAAGUAAGAUGGGUGCCUUUGCUCAACAAAGGUUGCGAAACGUUGCGUGAAGGAGCAGCGACAGGCUCGCGAGGGGGUCCGAGUGGGCCCGCGGUGGGAAAAGAUCAGCGAGGGCAGAUGUGGGAAUGUCAGCAGGCAGGGCACAGGGGGGUGCGAGGAGGGAUGGGGCAGGGCCAACGGGCCACGGUAAUUAGAUCUGGCCAAUGUGGGCCCCGGGGCAUAAAAGGGGGGCCCGUGGGCAGCAGACCCCUCACAUCCCUCAGAGGUCGCCUCAGCUCCCAAAAGCAUGGACGUCUUCUCUCCGUCGCAGCUCUACUACGCGCCUCCGUCCCCGGACGCCCUGCGCCCGGGGGCCGACGACGACUCGGACGAGGACGAGCACGUCCGGGCCCCCGGCGCGCCGCCGCACCAGCCGGGCCGCUGCCUCCAGUGGGCCUGCAAGGCCUGCAAGCGCAAGUCCAGCUUCGUGGACCGCCGGCGCGCCGCCACCAUGCGGGAGCGCCGCCGCCUCAAGAAAGUCAACCACGCCUUCGAGGCCCUGCGCCGCUGCACCUCGGCCAACCCCGGCCAGCGCCUGCCCAAGGUGGAGAUCCUGCGCAACGCCAUCCAGUACAUCGAGAGCCUCCAGGAGCUCCUCCGAGAGCAGGUGGACCACUACUACAGCGGCUCCGAACCCGGGAGCCCGCUGUCCAGCUGCUCCGACGGCCUGACGGACGGCAACAGUCCGGCGUGGCCGCAGCUCAACUACGGCAGUACUUAUCCCUACGCAAAGAACGAGAGUUUUUCCGACAAGGCGGCGGGUGCGUCCAGCCUGCAGUGCCUGUCCAGCAUCGUGGACCGGCUGUCCACGCCCGAGCCGGGUCGCCGCCCCGCCCGGGCCGUCCCGUCGCCCGCCGGCUCGGCCGACUCGCGGCCGUGCACGCCGGGUAGCCCCGUCUACCACGUCCUGUGAGGAACCGGGCCGUUUUUUUUGUACAGUACGUGAUGAAAUUGUAAAUAUGAAAUGUAAAUGCUCAUUUAUUGCCACACUCAUUAAAUAUUUUCCUUUGUUUGG